CCACAAUCCACUGCACCACACAGUCCUUAUUAUCUAGAGGACAAUGAUUACAGUGAUAUCUGCCACACAAAGGACAUUCUGGCGUUCUCCUGGGAGAACCCACACUCAGCUUGUGCCUCCUGAGGAGAACUUCUUUCUUGUAUCUGAGCAGCAUCUGGAGGUCACGACCCCAAACCCCACUGUACCUCAAACAGGAUUCAAAACUCUAAGAGGUGCUCUGACUCACCACACUGAGGUUCCAUCUAGCCCAAGCAUUACAGAUUCUAAAGAACCGAAUCACACCAGACCUCCACAGUUCAUGACUCUGACCUACACUUCUGUAAACAUCAGCCACAACACCUCACUUCCUGACUCAGUUCUGCAGGGAAUGGGUUUGAGGCAUGCUCACAUCAGGCCUCGGAGCGCUGAGCACACAGAGAACAAUGAGAAUGAAGAGAACAUCAAGAAUGAUGGAGAGAACAAGAGGAACACUGCCAUCUCUGGUAAAGGGAAGACAAAUACAGCAAAGGGAAGAAAUGGAACAAAAGCAGCAACAAAGAAAGAGAAGAAAAAAAUGGGAAAUGGGAAAACAGAGCAGGUCCAAAGUGCCGAUUUUAGCUUCGAGUUUGAUGAUUUUGGAUGGCUAGGUGAUGACCCGGGCCAUGGCCAAACAACACAAGGACCAAACAGCCCUGGUGAAUCCAGUUCAAGCUCCAGUUCAAGCUCAUGCUCCAGUUCAAGUUCAAGCUCCAGUUCAAGCUCCAGUUCAAGCUCCAGUUCAAGCUCCAGUUCAAGUUCAAGCUCCAGUUCAAGCUCCAGUUCAAGUUCCAGUUCAAGUUCCGGUUCAAGCUCAAGCUCAAGUUCAUCAUGUGAAUCAAAAGACUCCAGUAGCUCAAGUGAUUCAAGUGACUCAAGUGAUUCAAGCGAUUCAAGUGACUCAAGUGAUUCAAGUGAUUCAAGUCAAUCUUGUGAUUCAAGCAAAUCCAGUAGUUCAAGUGACUCAAGUGACUCAAGUGACUCUUGCAGUUCGAGCGAUUCCAGUGAUUCAAGCGACUCCACUGAUUCAAGUGAUUCGAGCAGCUCAAGCAGCUCGAGUGAAUCAAAGGCUGUAGUCCAUCACAGUUCAUCCAACUCCAGUGAAUGA